AUGGCGAGAGAAACAGACAUAGACACACUAGCAAUUCAGCUGAAAGAAAGACUUGGGGACAAAUUUUGGGUCGAAGUUGAAGUUCGCUCUCCUGGCCAAGAGCAUCAAUUGAAAUAUUUCGAGAAAAAGAAUGAAUUCCCUCUUCCGGCUUCUCUAGCCCGAUUUUUUCUCGAUUCCGACGGUGCCGAACUUUCUUGGGGCGAGAAUAAAGCGAGCAACAAAAAAGCGAUCGGUCACUUUUCAAUAAUCAAAAUGGACAAGCUGACAGAAAUAGAAGAUGGAAUGUAUGGCCUGAAUAACUGCCGCUGCUGCCCACCGAUCGGGUUCAAGAAGGAUGGUUCAAUUUGGGUCGCUGAUUCGAGAGGGCUUUGGUUCAAAGUGGCAAGAGAUUUUGAAUGCUAUUUCAGAAUAAAUCUUCAUUAUGGAGCCGUCAUAGGUUGGCAACUCGACUACACCCCUCUUGGAAUGUCAAUUUUUACACGAGAAAAGAUCUGUUUCCAUUUCAACAACGAGUUUCUCAAAGACGUCAAGGCCCGUCCUUCUUCACCAGAUUGGACGGAAGAGAAUCUAGACGAAAUAGAGUCGCUGGAAGGAAGCAAUGAUUCGGAGAACGACUAUGAGGAUCCACUGACACGGGCGAUGAUGGAACAGGAAGAAGCCGACGAGGAAGAAAAGUUUGAAUCAGGAGAGGAUGGCGAGGACGGAUUGGACCAGGCGCUUGACGAGGAGAAUGAGUUUUUGGGACGAACUGAGGGUGCUUCUCGGCCUGCAACGCAAGUUUCGAACUACUUCGGAAACGACGCUGAUGGAGAUGACGAAGGUGACGGCGAAAGUGGCGGAGACGACGAAGACAUCGACCUCGAUGAAAUCGCCGAGGAAGCUGAGGCGGAAGAAGCAGAGGCAGAACAAGCCGAAGCUGAUCUGGAUGAGGGCUUUGAUGUUGCGAUGGAGCCAGACUUGGAGCUUGAUCUUAUUGCCGAAGAGCUUAAUGACAUCGAAAAUGCUCUUUUGGAAGAAGCGGCCGAGCAAUCAAUGGAUGAUGAUUACAGAAUCGACAUCAUCGAAUCAGAAGAAUAUAUCUAG